ACCGGACUUCUCACCUGCCUCUCCUUCCCACUGUAUCAGCUUUCUUCCACCCCCCAACCAAAUGGAAUGAACCCCUAAUAAAAUCUCUAUAGAGCAUCCGACCAGAAUUCCGAGGGUUUCGCAAAUCCCUACUUGUUUCGAAGUCUUUCCGUCGGAUUUGAUCCCAAUCAAGGGUUAGGGAUUUCGUCCUUCUUCUUCCAUUUGGUUUUCUACCGAAAAGAAAGAAAAGCGUGAAUUCGACUUGAUUCCACUUAAAUUUAGGGGACAAAGAUCCUUUUUAUCCGUUCUGGUCAGUGAAAGAGAGGAGGCGGCGAGAACCGUGGCCACUGAAUGGGCCACCGGGCCGCCCUCUGAGCGCCACCAUCCGCGGCGGCGGAAGCGACGGCGAGAUGCCCUACGAGCAGGAGCAGGAGCAGGAGCAGGAGGUCCACCACAAUCGUGGAGAUGAUGGAUUGGCGGUGCCUCCCCGAUGUCUUAAUUGUGGUAUUAGUGCAAAGUUUACAUCACAUAUGCGCCGUGGCCCCGAGGGACGAAGAACUCUGUGCAAUGCAUGUGGCAUUGCUUGGAAAAAGAAUUGCACAAACAGGGAAAACAGAGAAAAGUUCUCGACUAUGAUGCUCCUAGUGAAGACAUAGCAAAUUCGAAAAUGGUGCCAGAAGUUGAUAUGGAAUUUGAAAAUGAAGAUAAGGCAUAUGAAUUUUACAAUAGGUAUGCUGGGAUGAUAGGUUUCAGCGUACGAAAAGGUUGGUUAGAUAAAUCAUCUGAAAAUGUUACCAGAUCAAGAACAUUGGUUUGUUCAAGAGAAGGUUUCCGCAAGGACAAAAAGGGAGCAAGGGAAGUGAAGAGACCAAGGCCAGAGACUAGAAUUGGUUGCCCUGCACGUAUGACCAUUAAACUUAUGCCUAGUGGUAAAUAUCGUGUCACCGAAUUUGUACCUGACCAUAACCAUCAGCCAGCUCCCCCUUCGGCAAUGCACAUGCUAAGGUCUCAGAGGAUAACAACUGAAGUUCAAGCUGCUGAAGCAGAUUUGUCAGAUGAUUCAGGAACGACACCAAAGUCCACUAAUGAGCCUGCAAGAAGACAAGUUGGAGGUCUUCGAAAUGUUCAAUUUCUCCCUGCAGAUUAUAAGAUAGGUCUUCGAUCAAAACGUAUGAAGGCUAUGCGAACGGGAGAUGCGGAAUCCGUGUUAAAAUACCUACAAAGUAUGCAGCUUAAUGACCGAUCAUUUUUUUAUGCCCUACAAGUUGAUGAGGAUGAUAAAUUGACCAACAUUUUCUGGGCUGAUUCAAAGUCUGUAAUGGAUUUCAACUACUUUGGUGAUGUAGUUUGUUUGGACACAACUUACAAAGCAAACGGAUAUGGUAGGCCGUUUGCACCAUUCCUUGGUGUGAAUCACCAUAAGCAGAUUGUUAUAUUUGGCGCAGCAUUGCUAUAUGAUGAAACCACAGAAUCUUUCAAGUGGUUGCUUGAGACUUUCAAGCUUGCAAUGCAUGGAAAACAACCAAAGACAAUUCUGACAGACAAUUCUGUGGCAAUAAGUAAUGCUAUUGCUGAGGUGUGGCGAGGCACAAGUCACCGUCUUUGCGUGUGGCAAGUCUAUCAAAAUGCUGUUAAGCACCUAAAUCAUGCCUUUCAAGCUUCAAAAAUUUUUGCAAAGGAUUUCAACAGAUGUAUUUAUGAUUGUGAAGAUGAGGAAGAGUUUGUAGCAGCAUGGAGAACACUGUUAGAGAAAUAUGAUCUUAGGAACAAUGAGUGGUUGGCAAAGCUUUUUGAAGAAAGGGAGAAGUGGGCUUUGGUAUAUGGCAGGCAAAUAUUUUGUGGUGAUAUGAAAAGCACUCUACAGAAUGCUAACAUAAAUAGUAUCCUAAAGAAAUAUUUAAGUCCACAAUUAGAUCUCUUGUCGUUUUUUAAACAGUAUGAAAGAGUGGUGGAUGAACAUAGGUAUGCAGAAUUACAAGCUGAUUUUCAUGCAAGCCAAAGUUUCCCAAGAAUUCCUCCUUCAAAGAUGUUGAGGCAAGCUGCUAAUUUGUAUACUCCUACAAUGUUUGAAAUGUUUCGGAAGGAGUUUGAGAUAUUCAUGGAUUGUAUGCUAUACAAUUGUGGCGAGGUUGGAACAAUAUCGGAGUUUAAAAUAACUGUGGGUGAGAAAUCUAAAGAACACUUUGUUAGAUUAGACUCAUCUGAUUGUUCAGUUGCUUGUAGUUGUAAAAAGUUUGAGUUUGUAGGGGUUCAAUGUGGUCAUGUAUUAAAAGUGCUUGAUGUUCGAAACAUUAAAGAGCUACCAGAACGUUAUUUCUUGAAGAGAUGGAGGAGAGAUGCUAAGACAGGGACAGAAAAGGACACUCAAGUUGCAAGUGAUGGCGAACCAGGGUCUUCUACAAUGACCUCAUUGCACCCUCCUUUAUCUUCAUAUGCUCAUCACCAAGGAUUUCAUGGCAUGACACAAUUUAAUCAGUUAUCUCCAGUUUCUGAUUUACAUCAACAACCAUUAAGUGGAAGCACUCAGUUAGGUCAGGGUUACUCAACCCUGGACAUGCAAUCCCAGCAAUUCUUUGGUAGUUCUCAGUCGAACCACUAGAGGAUCAACCAUGGUCAUUGAGGCAUCAUCAAUCUUGACAGUGGAUCAAUUGUUAUGCAUGGUAUACUAGUCUUCAUCUAUUUUAUAAACAAGCAUGACCAAAAACAAAAGAACAAUUUGGUUCGCAGUUCUUUCAGCCAUGAUAGUUGCUGAUCUCAAUAUAAUGAAAAUAUCAGUUUGUACUUUCCCAUUGGCUGAUAGUAUGCUUUGAUUUCAUGUUUUGUGCUUCUCCUAGUACAGGCAGAUUGAUCUUAUAAUUCUUGUUUUUCAAUGGCAUAAAGCAGUGACAAUUUAGUCAUAUGAGGGAGUUUUCGUAUGUCUAACAUCAACACGCUAAGCAGCUUACCAUACGGUAGAAUGCCAGAAGUUGGAUUCUCAAAGGUAAAUGCAGCCUGGAGCAUGAUAGGCGGGCAAAGUGUUGUGAGACUGGUUUGCUAUCUCACGCCUAUGUCCAUCCUGAAUGGUUUGUUGUAUGUUUGGCAAGCUCCAUGGCAUACAGUUCGAUCAUGUAUUAAGCACCAAUACAACUCUGUUGUAAUUUAUGAUCCAAAAAGCUGUUCUCAAGGUGUAGUUAAUUGUUAUAUUGCAUGAUCAUGGCAUAUGUUAAUGAGCCUCGCCAAGAUUGCCUGCCCAUAAGGAAAAGACCCAGUUGAGGACAAUGGCAUAAUAGCAAAGAAUUAUCUUUGUAUAGGAAUUUGAACACAUAAUUCAUUGGAGAGCAUGUUCUCCAGAUUUUCUCA